AUGUAUAUAUUCUUAAUCAUAGCAAUUUCCUACAUUACAGAUCUAGCAUUUCCGAAGCGCUAUAAGUUUUACAAAUCGGGUGUAUUGCCGGAUGCCUAUGAAUGCUGGACAAUGGAGCCCAAUCAUGCCGCUGAAGUAAUUGGUUACGGUGUUGAGCGAGGAACGAAAUACUGGCUACUCAAGAAUAGUUGGGGCGAUUGGUGGGGUGAUAGAGGAUUUUUCAAGCUUGAACGAGGUAUUAACGCUUGCCAGAUUGAAACACACGCAACAUCUGCUGGCCUUUGA